AUGCACCGUGGUUUGGCGGGUUCGAUGAACGUCAAGCACAAUCGGCGGCCAAUCACCACUGUAGCUGCGGAAGCUGACCAGAUCGAAGCCUUGAGCCCGGCGGACUUACUUUACGGCUACAAGAGUAAAACUUUCUUCCCGGAACACACACUCAAAGCGUUGAAAAACAACUUCUGGAAAAGGUUCCAUAAAGAAUACCUCAGCUACCUGCGUUCCGCCCACUCCAGGAAACCUCUGCCGACCAGACCGCUGAGAGUCGGAGACAUCUGUCUAUUAGAAGAUCACGGCCCGAGCAGAGCCUACUGGCCACUUUGCAGGGUCGUGGCCCUCAAAGGAGAUGCGAGACCGGAACACGCAAGAUCAUGCACGAUCAAGACAGCAACAGGCCAGAUCCUUGAUCGGCCCAUACGAAAACUAUAUCCCAUUGAGAGCCCGAAGCCCAACUAA